CCCUUCGGUUCCCUGAAGACGUCCAGCGGUUGGCGCAUGCACGUUGCGGAGAAGGAACUGGGGCCAUUUUGCGUGUUUGCCGGUGACCGAGCGGCGUAGAUAUGAUCCCUUUGACCAGGAAACUUCUGUCUCUGUCCGGUCAGAGCAUUCGCCACAUUGCAGCAAGACGAGCUCAUCAGAAAGCAGGUCCUGACUUCCAUGAUAAAUAUGGAAACGCUAUCCUGGCAGGAGGAAUAGUAUUCUGUGUUGCAGUUUGGAGUUAUGUUUCUACACAGGCUGGAAUCACGUGGAACUUGUCACCCAUUGGCAAGAUCACUCCUAAAGAAUGGAGAUCAGAUUAGACAAAAGGACCAAGUGUUUGCAAUGAAGAAUACAGAUAGGCUGAACUUGCCUAUGGCCUCGUGGCUUGUGCUGUACUAAUUUCCCUCUUUAAUAUCAAUAGUAAAUCAAUAAAUUUAAUAAAACAGA